CACGAAAAUGCGUAACACAACGAACGCCGUAUCACUGCAUAAAAAGCAAGGCGUACACCAUAUCGCGGAGGGAUACUAGCAUUGGACACUGGCGGAUUUAAUGAACAUCUCAAGGCCGCACGGCGUUGGCCGAAUUAAAUGCAGAUCGAUGCUGUUGUAUCUUGUGGCGGCAGUAGCAGUGGGAUGUUUGCCCGGUGUUUACGGUAAUGGCGCGAAAUGUGUGGAUGCCAACUCGUGUACCAGAUACUUUAACAGUGCCAUGUUUUUGUACCAACACUGUGGUAACUGCCACAUGUUUGUGUAUUGCAUACAUGGAAUGUAUUUCCCCAUGGUGUGCCCAAGCCGCCUGUACUGGAAUGACAUAACAAAUACAUGCGACUACAAAUCGCCGCAUUGUCACGAUGACGAAUGUACCCUUGGAACACACAAGUGUCAUCAACUCGCCACGUGUUUCUGGUACAGGACGGACACUCCGUAUCGGUGUAUCUGCAAACCCGGCUAUGAAGGGAACGGAAUCACAGACUGCAAUGAUGUAGAUGAAUGUCAAGAUGGAAGUCAUGAUUGUGAUGCCAGCACCGUGUGUACUAAUACUGAUGGUUCAUUUACCUGUACGUGUCCAAAUGGAUUUACCUUGGAGAAUAAAAUCUGUAAAGAUAUAGAUGAAUGUAAAGAUGGAAGUCAUAACUGCCCUGGUUCCUCUGUGUGCACCAAUACUGACGGUUCAUUUACGUGUAUGUGCAAACCUGGCUUCACAUUGGAAGGGCAGGCAUGUAGAGAUAUAGAUGAAUGUAAAGAUCGAAGUAAUGACUGUGAUCCUAACGCUGUGUGCUCUAACACUGAUGGUUCAUUUAUUUGCACCUGUCAAAUUGGAUUUACCACAGAAGGAAAUGUUUGUAAAGAUAUAGACGAAUGUACAGAUGGAAGUCAUAAUUGUGGUGCUAACGCUGUCUGCAACAAUACUGGCGGCUCCUUUACGUGCACGUGCCAACCGGGAUUCACCUUGAUAGGACAGGCAUGUAAAGAUAUAGAUGAAUGUGCAGAUGGAAAUCACGAUUGUGAUCCUAACGCUGUGUGUUCUAAUACUGAAGGUUCAUUUACCUGCAAAUGUUUAGCUGGAUAUAACAUGGACGGAAAUGUGUGUAAAGAUAUAAAUGAAUGUACAGAUGGAAGUCAUAAUUGUGGUGCUAGCGCUGUCUGCAACAAUACUGACGGCUCAUUUACGUGCACGUGCCAGCCAGGAUUCUCAAUGAUAGGACAGGCAUGUAAAGAUAUAGACGAAUGCACAGCUGGAAUUCAUAACUGUGAUUCUAACGCUAUGUGCUCUAACACUGAUGGUUCAUUUAGUUGCACCUGUAAUAUUGGAUAUAUCAUGGAAGGAAAUGCCUGUAAAGAUGUAGAUGAAUGUACAGAAGGAAGUCAUGGUUGUGAUACAACUGCGGUGUGCACUAACACUGAUGGUUCAUUUACGUGCACCUGUCAUAUUGGAUUUAAAAUGGAGGGAAAUGUGUGUAAAGAUAUAGAUGAAUGUGACGCUGUCACCGACAGUCUCAGUUGCGACGUUAACGCCCUGUGCACCAACACCGACGGCUCAUUUACAUGCACGUGCGACGCUGGAUUUAUCAUGGCGGGAACUGUCUGUAACGAUAAAGAUGAAUGUAAAGAUGGAAGUCAUAACUGCGGUGUUAACUCUAUCUGCUCUAAUACCGGUGGUUCAUUUACGUGUACCUGUCAAACCGGUUAUUCCAUGGACAUCAAUGAGUGUAUAGAACUUCCUAAGACGUGUCAACAAGUCAAAGAAGCAAAUCCGAUGUCACGUGAUGGACUGUUUGAUAUAUACCCACCACUUAUGAAGGGUGAGCGACUGAAAGUCUAUUGCUAUGAAAUGGACACGACGCCUGUCGAGUUUUUGGACUUCCCAAAUAUGAACGAUGGAAAUUAUCCCGAUGUUGAGAAUCCCACGUGCGGUGCCACUGACAAGAAGAUUAACUCACUCCAGAUUGGCAGUACGAUGUACGCUAAAAUUAGAAUAAAUAUUCAGAAACUCACCAUAGUGCAGGACGCUACAUUUGCUAAGGAGUCUCUGACUCUGAUCAAGUAUGGUGAAGCGGCUGAUUGUUACACGCCACAUCGUAAUGGAGUAAAAGCAAGUUGUGGACCCAUUGGAUAUUUCAGCAUUGAUCUUACCAAUACCAACGUAAAAAUUCAUCCACAGCAAAAGUGGGAAACAUAUGGAACUGAUUCAAUCCAGGAUAUUGUGAGAACUUCCGGAGGUCAGGUAGUUCACGUCAAUUGUGGAGGAUACUGCGGCGGUUGUAGGCCAGUGGGCGACAUUCGCAUUGUCCCAUUAAAAGACCCUCCUGAGACGUGCCAGCAAGUGAAGGAAGCAAAGCCCAGAUCGCCCGAUGGACUGUACGAUUUAUACCCUCCACUUAUGGGUGACAAGGUGCUGAAAGUAUUUUGCUAUAACAUGUCCUCGACGCCUGUCGAGUUUUUGGAACUACAAAAUACAAACGAAGGAUUUUAUCCUGGGGUGGAAAAUCCUUCUUGUAGUGGCAGUGUUACUCCGAUUAGUUCUCCAGAGAGUGGAAGUACGAUGUACAAUAAAAUUCGACUGGAUGUUCAGAAACUCACCAUAGUGCAGGACACUACGUUUGCUGUGGGACCUCUGACCCCCGCCCAGUACGGCGAAGCGGCUGAUUGCUAUACGCCACACCGUAACGGAGUGCAAGCACACUGUGGACCUAAAGGACAGUUCGGCAUAGAUCUUACUGGUACCAACGUAAACAUUCACCCACAGCAACAGUGGGAAACGUUCGGGCAGGAUUCAUUCAAGAACAUCUCGAUAGACUCCGGAGGUCAGAAGGUUAACAUCAGUUGUGGAGGAUACUGCGGCGGUUGUAGGCCUGUAGGCGAUCUUCGCCUUGCACCACUGACAAACAUAAACGAAUGUAUUGGAAAUAUGCAUAACUGCGAUGUUAACGCUGUGUGCACCAAUAACGAUGGGUCAUUUACGUGCACGUGUCAGGCUGGUUUUUCCAUGGACGCAAAUAUCUGUAAAGACAUAAACGAAUGUAUUGAUGGAAGCCAUAGUUGUGAUGUUAACGCGGUGUGUACCAAUACGGACGGCUCAUUUACGUGCGCCUGUAAAAGUGGAUUUAUAAUGGCGGGAAGUGUCUGUAAAGAAUAUCCACGGACUUGUCAACAUAUCAAAAACGCACACGUCAGUUUUCUUGAUGGACUGUACGAUGUAUACCCUGAACUGCUUGGCGGCGAAACACUCAAAGUGUACUGUCACAACAUGGCUACGACGCCUGUUGAGUUCCUAGCGUUUUCAGCUCCAAAUCAUGGAAUGUAUCCCGACUUACAAAACCCGUCGUGUAGUGGCGCUGAUCAAAAGUUUACUAAUCCUAAUGUUGGAACGACGUCGUACCAAAAAAUUAAAAUCAAUAUUCAGAAACUCACUAUAGUGCAGGAUUCUACAUUUGCUGAAGUGAAUGGUAAAGUCAUUCUUUACGGCACAGCGGCCGAUUGCUAUACGUCACAUCGUAGUGGAGUAAGAGCAAGUUGUGGACCAAAAGGAUCUUUCUACAUGGACUUUACUGGUACCAACGUAAAGAUUGAUCCACAGCAAAAGUGGGAAACUUUCGGCCAGGAUUCGUUCAAGGAGGUAGUUAGAAGUGCCAACGAUCAGAUAAUUGAACUCAAAUGUGGCGGAUUCUGCGGCGGCUGUAAGCCUGUGGGCGACCUUCAACUUGUGUUACACAAAGUGCCACCGACGUGUCAGGCUCUGAAAGACUUAGACCCCAGCUUAACCGACGGAGUUUACUUUAUAUACCCUAAACUUCUCAGUGGCGAGAAACUGAAAGUGUAUUGUCACAACAUGGCCACGACGCCUGUCGAGUUCGUCCAGCUGGAAGUGGCAAACGAAGGAAUUUAUCCUAAUUCUCGCGAUCUUACAUGUAGCGGCACAGUACAAAGUUUAGAUAGUCCCAAUGUUGGAAGGACGGAUUACAAUAGAAUUCGAAUAAACCCUGAGAGGCUGACCAUAAUGCAGGACACGACGUUUGCUAAAGUGGUCGGUGGCGUCGUCAAGUAUGGCACAGCGGCGGACUGCCACACGCCGCAUCUUCAACUAAAACAAUCAAGCUGUGGACCGAAAGGAUCUUUCGCCAUAGAUUUUACCGGCACCAGUUUAAAGAUUGACCCAAAGCAAAAGUGGGAAACGUUCGGAAAGGAUCCAUUUCAAGAGGUAGUUAGAAGUGCCAACGAUCAGAUAAUUAAACUCAAAUGUGGCGGAUUCUGCGGCGGUUGUAGGCCUGUGGGCGACCUGCAGCUAGUGGUACACAAAGAUGUACCUAUCCCGUGACCAGUAUUCUGAGAUUGUCAUGUUGCUACAGUUGACAGCCACACGAGACACGUAAAUCCAUGGUGCUAUCACAAGAUAUAUACAUUGUAUAAUUAAAACUAGUAGCCAUUGUAACCUAGUAGUUUGUUUACCCUUGAUGCAUUAAUGAUAAACCAAUUUAGUAACUCAAACAAAUGAAUUGACAGUCAACAGACCAAGAAGUGUUUAUACUAAGUGUGAUACAGCUAUAGAAUUAAUAUACGUUAUUUCCUAUAUACACGUUGGAGAGACUAUUGUGUAGAAUGUUUAGUAACACACGUUAUGGGAUAUCAAUUUAAAGACAUCUAAUUGUCUUCUUCAUGUUGAUGUUCCAGACGCCAAUGCCGCAUAAUACCAUUUAUUCCUUAAUUAGCUUUUGAUCGUCAAAUAUAUAUAAUGAAACGAUUGCUACAUAACAGAAUACAGACGACACAUACACUUUGUAUGAAAUUAGUUACAAAUAAUGAGGCUUGUAUUUUCUAUUAUGAACAUCGUAGCUCCUGAAAUUAAACAAAUGUCUACGGAAAACAAAUCACCCACAAAAAAUGUGAAACAAACAAUCGAAUAUAGUCCACAGGAAAAACAAAAGAGUGCCGUCAACAAUUAAAAACUACACGGCAUUGUCGAUUGGCAUAGGCAAUUGCAGGUUUGACACAGAGAAUCGCUCUUGCACUGAUUCUGGGAAGAUAUAGUAAUAAAAAUGUUUUGGAAUGUAGUGGUUACCGAAUUGCUAAACUUUUUUGUCUUUUGUCCACCAGUCUUUAAACAAAUGGUUUGGGACCAGUUUCACUCACUUUAUUGAAAAGUCUUGCCUUGUCUUUAUGUGAUUAACUUGACCAUUUCUGCUGACAAGUGAUUCGUCUUCACAAAACUUAAAUAGAAGUAGAUGCAACAGUAGAUUUGUUAAAGAAUUAUUUGCGAAAUAUCUUAUUUUAAAAUGUAGAGUACAACAAUCAUAUCUCGACAUUACACAUUUCAACAGAGAGGCAUGAUAUAGGUAUAAAAUAGAACAAUGAAUGAAUAUUUAACGACACCCCAGCACAAAAAUAAAUCAUCGGCUAUUGGGUGUAAAAUAGAACAAAAUAUUUAAAUGUGUAAAAGUUCUUCAAACAUUUCCCGUAAUAAAUACCCAUGUACUUUUAAA